CGGAAAUUGAGCAUCUUUUUGCUUGGAAGUCGGAAGCUUUCAAGGAUCUGCGGAACCAAAAAGUUGUUGUCGCAGACCUCAAAACGCCUAUUGUCGACGGCACCGCCUUUAAAAUGUUCUCCAGAUCGGCUCUCUCUAGAGGUGCCCAGCUAGCUGCACGUAGGCAAGGCUGUUCACAGCUUGCUCAACGUCGAGCCUACGCUGCCGCCGCAUCCUCUGCCCCAUCCGCACUGACAUAUGAUACCACCGAAGUUGCUGGUGUCAAGGUCGCUACCAGAGACUCCCAUGGCCCGACAACAAAACUUGCUAUUGUCGCCAAGGCAGGUACUAGGUACCAGCCAGUUCCUGGUCUGACUAUUGGUUUGGAGGAGUUCGCCUUCAAGAAUACCGAAAAGCGAUCGGCCCUACGCCUCGUCCGAGAAGCCGAACUUCUAGGAGGCCGAUUACUUGCAUAUCACACUCGAGAAGCAUUAGUUAUUGAGGCGAGCUUUUUGCGAGAAGACAUCCCCUACUUCACUGAACUGCUGGCAGAAGUUAUCAGUGAAACCAAGUACACCACAUUCGAAUACCAUGAGGAGGUGGAAAGGGUCUUGAAAGUAAAGCAGGCUAAGCUCGCUAACGAUGUUUCCGCUCUUGCUCUCGACUCGGUCCACUCAGUCGCCUUUCACCGUGGCCUUGGUGCUUCCCUAUAUCCGACCAGUUCAACCCCUCUGAAAAAUUUGAACGAACAUACUAUCGCUGCGUACGCGAGCGCCGCCUACACUAAGCCGAAUAUCGCGCUGAUCGGAGACGGUGCUACUACUACCGCUCUACACAAGUGGACAGAACAGUUCUUCAAGAAUGUACCUGCGUCAAAACCCAAGAAUAUCGAAUUCUACACAAAACCUACAGAAUACUAUGGUGGAGAGACGCGCAUAAGUCACACAGGUGGAAACUCGCUGGUCAUCGCGUUCCCUGGUUCCAGCUUCAAUGCUUUCAAACCCGAAAUUGCGGUUUUGGCAGCAUUGCUAGGUGGUCAACCUAACGUAAAGUGGUCGCCCGGUUUCACUCUUCUGUCCAAGGCUGCGGCUUCAAAUGGAGUGGUCGCUUCUGGAACCAACCUCGCCUACUCCGACGCUGGUUUACUGGCCAUUCAGAUCACCGGAGCUGCCGAGUCGGUCCACAAAGCCGGUGCCGAGGCCGUCAAGGCCCUUAAGGGCAUCGCUGAAGGAACUACUAGCAAGGAAGACCUGACCAAGGCAAUUGCCAAAGCGAAGUUCGACGCUUUAGAGGGUAGCCAAUCGGGCGUUUCGACUCUCCUAUCUGCCGGUUCGGGCAUCAUCCACACUGGCAAGCCUUUCCAGAUUGCCGAAACCGUCCAGUCGAUCAAUGGUGUCACGGCAGACAAGAUCAAGGCUACCGCCAAGUCUCUUAUUGAUGGUAAGGCUUCAGUGGCUGCAGUUGGUGAUCUUAACGCAUUGCCAUUUGCGGAGGAGCUUGGACUGAAGGUAUAGACGGGGAAAUUGGGAAACAAAAGUGUACCAACAGAUCAACCCACUGCUGUAGAGUCAAGCUACCUGUGCAUAUAAUAAACCCCCUAGAAUUUUCUUUAAA